AAAAAGUAUAAGAGUAAGAGUGAAGAAGAAUCCACGCGAUUUUCAAAAUGUCUCCUCGUUAAAUUUUGAUUUUGAUUUGAAGAGAGAAAAUUUUGAGUUUGAUAAUGGCAAAUGGUAACACGCAGCAGCCUGGUAGCUAUUGAAAAGUGUUUGUCUGCUGUUCGAUUUCGACCACUCAAACCCUAACGUUUCCAACUUGCAAGGGCUUCGCUCCAGAAGGGUUACGAUGGAUUUUGACGAGUAUGAGUAUUUAGAGAAAGCAGUUGAAAACCCUGAAGUUAAUCACAGGGCUAAUGGUGGGGACAAAAAUGUGAAAUCCGAAGAGAGAGGGCGUAAUGGGAGUUCAAAGCAUAAGGAUGAUGAUGAUGAUGAUGUUGUUGAUCUCCAUCCCAGGCAUUCAAAAUCUGGAGACAAUUCUCGUGAUCGCGAGAGGCAGAGAGAAAGAGGCUCAACUCUUCAUGGUUCAAAGUCCAGAGAUGGAGACAAGGACAGAAACUCCGGGGGCAGCAGGGAUAGGAGGAGGGAUAGGGACAGAGACCAUGAGAACAAGGAUAGGAAGAGAGACAAGGAGAGAGACCAUGGGGACAAGGAUAUGAAGAGAGAUAGGGAGAGAGACAGAGAUCGCAAUCGUGACCAAGAAAGGGACAGAAGGGACCGUGGGAGUGAGGCUGAGCAGGAACAGCGAAGCAGAAGUAGAUCUGAUAGGCUUCGAACUGAUCUGGAUGACAAAGACAGAGAGGCAAGUCGUGACAGGGAGUAUAGAGAUAGAGAAAGAAGUCGGGAUAAGGAUUACAAAGACAGAGAAAGGGUGAGGGAAUCAAGGGAACAUGAUAGAGAAAACAGACGGCAUAAAGAGAAAAAGGAAGAAACAACAGAACCUGCUGAUCCUGAAAGAGAUCAAAGAGCUGUGUUUGCUUAUCAGAUUUCUCUGAAAGCAGAUGAAAGAGAUGUAUUUGAGUUCUUCUCAAGGGCUGGCAAGGUGCGAGAUGUUCGCUUGAUUAUGGAUCGCAAUUCAAGACGUUCCAAGGGUGUUGGGUAUAUUGAGUUUUAUGAUGUCAUGUCUGUCCCCAUGGCAAUAGCACUUUCAGGCCAACCUCUUCUUGGUCAACCAGUGAUGGUGAAGCCAUCAGAAGCCGAAAAGAAUUUGGUUCAGUCCACAACAUCUGUUGCUAAUGGACUCACUGGACUUAUAGGCCCUUAUUCUGGGGGAGCAAGAAAGCUGUAUGUUGGUAAUCUGCAUAUCAGUAUUACUGAAGCUGAUAUUCGUAGGGUGUUUGAAGCAUUUGGUCAGGUUGAGCUAGUCCAGCUGCCUCUUGAUGAAAGUGGGCACUGCAAAGGUUUUGGCUUUGUGCAGUUUGCACGCCUUGAAGAUGCAAGAAAUGCUCAGAGCUUGAAUGGUCAAUUAGAGAUUGGUGGUAGGACAAUCAAGGUAUCAGCUGUUACUGAUCAAUCUGGAAUGCAAGAAUUUGGAGGAAAUACUGGUGAUUUUGAUGAUGAUGAAGGAGGUGGCAUGUCCUUGAAUGCAUGUUCUCGAGCAAUGCUCAUGCAGAAGUUGGAUCGUAGUGGUACUGCAUCAAGCAUGGUUGGUUCCCUCGGUAAUUCUGUUGUCAACAACACAGGUCUUAAUCUACCAGCGACAGGAAACAUACUCGCAGCUGCGCCUGUUGGUGAAUUGGCAGGUGGAGGUCUCCAAAUACCCACGGCUACAAUUCCUUCUAUUGAUACAAUCGGUGUUGCAAGUGAAUGCUUAAUGUUAAAGAAUAUGUUUGAUCCCAAAGAUGAGAUUGAACCAGAUUUUGAUUUGGAUAUUAAAGAAGAUGUUGAAGCAGAAUGCUCUAAGCUUGGAACGUUAAAACACAUAUAUGUUGACAAGAAGAGUGCUGGUUUUGUCUACUUACGAUUUGAAGAUACCCAAUCUGCAAUAAGUGCACAGCAGGCCUUGCACGGAAGAUGGUUUGCUGGGAAGAUGAUCACUGCAAGCUUCAUGGUGCCUCAAUCAUAUGAGGAUAAAUUCCCAGACAGCAGAUAAAUUCACGGUUUAUGCGAGAUGAGGAAUCUCGUGGCAGAAAUAGUCAUCCUUAGAAUUAUAUAACGGCUUCUUUUGAGAUAGAUGUAGCUAUGCACAUUUGUCUUGGGAAGUUAAAAGGUGCUUAUUUGUAAAAGCUGCAGUUACUACUUUCAUAAAAUUUUCGGGGGUGUUGGUUUGAUUUAAGCGUCCUAUUAUGGUAUUACUGUUGUGGUUUGGCAGUGUUAUUGAUUGGAACAAGGGUUUUGUGAUGCCUAGAAACAUCGAUGUAAUUCAAACUUUGGCUGAUGGCAAUCACAAAGUUUUGAUGUAUGAUCAAUGAUGGGACCAUCUUUCUUUGUGAGUC